AUGCCAACAGCGUAUCUGCGCAGGUUCGCAACUUGGCCCUCCGAAGGGCGUCGACGAAGGUGUUCUCAGGAGGCACUUGUUCAGCUCAAGGGAACCGCGUUUGCUUUGAGUGGUGGAGCUCGAAGCGGGGGCAGGACAGGUUUCAAUGCGUCCAUUCCGCUUCCAACGGACGAGCGGAACUGCACAAUCACGCAGCGGACGCAGAACCACGGCACGGAGAGAUGUCUACUGCAGGCUCGCCAGUUGCAACGAGGGGACGGCCGGACGUCGGUUGACGGGAGCGGAAUUUUGGGUGACGAAGAGCGGAUCCAAGGUGGUGGAGCUCGAAGCGGGGGCAGGACCGGUUUCGGUGCGUCCAUUCCGCUUCCAGCGGACGAGCGGAACUGCGCAAUCACGCAGCGGACGCAGAGUCACGGACAGCAGAGAUGGCUACCGCAGGCUCGCCAGCCGCAACGAGGGGAAAGCCGGACGUCGGUUGACGAGGAGCGGAGUUCCGGUCGGGAAGAGCGGAAGAAGGUAAGGCCCCAGUCGAUCAGAAGCUCAGCGAAAGUUCCUUCAAGAGAAAACGGCGCAAAUGGUGGUGAGCGCUUCGGUUCUCGCGGCCUGCACAUGCGAGAAGGACCUGCCCCCCCGACGCCACCUGGCUCCACGUCAUCCAAACAGUUGACGUCGACUAUGCACGGGCCCGUUCCUGUGCACAACAGCAGCGGAGCUGUUCGCGGUCAGCUACGCGCCGGAGCCUGGAGGCAUGCGUCAGGCCUGGCGGCUCAUACGCCAAGUGAGCGCGACAGAUUGCGGAAGGGGAAGGGAAGGGACUUCGUGACGGGGAGGGGGAAGUCGAGGGGUUUGGCGAGGAAGAAGGAGAGGGGCUUCGCGAGGGGGGGGGGCUCGAAUAAGUUGUGGGGAGGGGCUUCUAGAGGGGGAUACGGAGGGGGCGAGUGA